AUGAACGGCUUCAGCAACGGAUGCAACGGAACUACCUAUACUACUCGCAAGUCCAAAAGACUUAUCGUCGAUUCGCCGCAUGUUCGACGCGAUGGUGACGAGGUAGAAACGAAAUUCAUCUAUCGGAAAAAUCACUUCUUUCGCACCACCGAUGGAUUGAAGGUUACCCCAAAGGAGCAUGAGUACCUGUUCAAAACCCAGCUUAAACCAAAGAAGACAGGUCUCUUACUCGUUGGUCUUGGUGGGAAUAAUGGAUCCACAUCUGUUGGAGCAAUUUUCGCUAACAAAAAGCAUAUGACAUGGCGUACGAAAGAAGGAGUACAAGCGGCUAACUAUUUUGGCUCCUUCACACAAUCAUCAACCAUACACCUUGGUUGGGAUGGAGAGGAACAGAUCCAUGUUCCCUUCAAGGAGAUCAUUCCGAUCCUUUCACCUGACGAUCUCAUCAUAGAUGGCUGGGACAUCAACAACAAGAAUCUCUACGAGGCAAUGCUACGAGCUAAGGUUUUCGAACCAGAACUUCAAGAGAAGCUUCGUCCUUAUAUGGAGGCAAUAGUGCCAAUGCCUUCUAUCUACUAUCCUGAUUUCAUAGCUGCUAACCAAGGAGACAGGGUGAACAACAUAAUCCCAGGAAAAAACAAACAACAGCAUUUGGAGCAUAUUCGGCAAGACAUUCGUAACUUCAAGCAGAAACAUGACCUAGAAUGUGUAAUCGUGCUCUGGACUGCAAAUACAGAACGCUACACAGACGUCGUUGAUGGGCUGAACAUGACUGCGGAUCAAAUUCUAACUUCCAUCGCAGCUAGCGCCGAUGAGAUCUCUCCAUCCAACAUUUUUGCCGUGGCUGCAAUCCUCGAAGGAGCUCACUAUAUAAAUGGAUCGCCACAAAAUACGUUGGUGCCAGGAAUCAUAGAAUUAGCAAGACAGCACAACGUCUUCGUUGGCGGUGAUGAUUUCAAAUCUGGGCAGACAAAGAUCAAAUCUGCCCUAGUUGACUUUCUUGUCAGCAGUGGACUCAAGCCAGAGUCCAUAGUCUCCUACAAUCAUUUGGGAAACAACGAUGGAAAAAACCUCAGCGAGGCUAGACAAUUCAGAUCCAAGGAAAUCUCGAAAUCCUCUGUGGUCGACGACAUGGUCCAGUCCAACAGGAUUCUAUAUCCAGAUGGCAAAAAUCCCGACCACUGCAUCGUAAUCAAAUAUGUACCGUUUGUUGGUGACUCGAAAAGAGCCAUGGACGAGUAUAUCUGCAGCAUCUUUAUGGGUGGUCGCCAGACUUUCGUCAUUCAUAACACAUGCGAAGACUCCUUGCUUGCUUCUCCGCUCAUCUAUGAUUUAGCCAUUCUCACUGAGCUAGCUACACGAAUCCGCUACGCUGACGCAGCAGAUGGACAAUUCCGAACUUUUCACGAGGUACUUUCGAUGCUAUCACUGCUACUCAAAGCGCCAGUGGUCCCAGCAGGUACACCCGUCAGCAAUGCGUUUAUGCGACAAUUCGCCUCGCUAACAAAGCUCAUCACGGUGCUUGCCGGUGUGGCCAGCGACACCGAUAUGCAAAUCGAGUUCUUCACUCAACUACCAAAGGCAAUGGAUACGCUUGACCAGUUUACAGUGAAAGGAAUGUGAAAGACAACCACUGAGGAUGACGCUCCUACAAGUUACCGUGUUCAAUAUGAGCUUAAAGUAGAUAUUCUCAGAGUUUGUUAUUUAUUGUGAAUCAAGUAUGUUGUUAUGGUUUUCAAUUCGUACAUAGAUGCUCUUGUGACCAAUGAGUCUAGUGCAGUUAGGCAGAGCAGGAAUUUUUUUCUUCUAUAAACACAUACUGUAAAAAACAGCACCUGAGGUUCGUCGCUUUUUCGUUUUUUGUACUGCAAAAUACCAAACUGCACUAUCUUCGUUUGCUUCCCUCCAUGGUCAGAAGUCCCAACAAGAUCCUCAGCUGCCUGUAAGCAAGAAAAUAAAAGGCAAUU